GGCUACACGGCCCGCGGCACCCCCCCCGGCUACCUGGAGGGGACACUGCUGAAGCCCAACAUGGUGACACCGGGCCACGCCUGCACCAAGAAGUACAGCCCCGAGGAGAUCGCCAUGGCCACCGUCACCGCCCUGCGCCGCACCGUGCCACCCGCUGUCCCCGGCAUCACCUUCCUGUCGGGCGGGCAAAGCGAAGAAGAGGCGUCCAUCAACCUCAACGCCAUCAACCGUUGUCCCCUGGCGCGGCCGUGGGCCCUCACCUUCUCCUACGGGCGGGCGCUGCAGGCCUCGGCCCUGCGGGCGUGGGCCGGCAAGAAGGACAACACCAAGGCGGCCCAGGAGGAGUACGUCAAGAGGGCUUUGGUAGGUCACCGUCACCUCCUGGGGACACGUGGGGGUGGGGGACAGCUGGGUGGGGAGAGGAACGAGGUGGCCCAGGAGGAGAACAUCAAGGAGGAUCUG